UAAUUCCACUUAGCCCUCCUCAAAAUCCCUCUCUCUCUUCCUAAUAAAAAGAGAGAAAGCAACCUUUUAACCUUUUUAGAAAACCUUGGGGGACAUUCAAAAGUGAGAAACUAACACAGAAUUCUUGGAUUCUUGUUCCCACUAUUCUGUGCUUGACUAUAUUGAGAAGAACCAUAUCAUGGAGGGAUACGGAACAGAGAGAGCUCGGGCUUCCGGCAGGCGGACCAGCCGGAACAUGAGCAGGAGCCAGAGCAGGAGCAGUUGGAGUAUGGAAGACGUCUUUUCCGGGGGCAGAAGCUCCCGGAGGAGCAGCCGACGGGCGGAAGAAGAUGAGGAGGCUCUGAAAUGGGCCGCCAUAGAGAAGCUACCGACCUAUGACCGAUUGAGAACGAGUAUCAUGCAGUCUUUUGUGGAGCAUGAGGUCCAUGGAAACACGGUUGUGCACAAAGAAGUGGACGUGACCAAACUUGGCAUGAACGAUAGACAAAAGUUCAUCGAUCAGCUUUUUAAGGUCGCAGAGGAAGAUAAUGAAAAGUUUUUGCAGAAAUCCAAGAACAGACUUGAUAAAGUCGGAAUUCAACUUCCCACAGUAGAGGUCAGGUUCGAACAUUUAAACAUAGAAGCUGAUUGCCACAUCGGCACAAGGGCUCUUCCAACUCUUCCAAAUGUUGCCAGAAACAUUGCUGAGUCGAUUAUUGGUAUGCUGGGAAUUAGAUUGGCAAAGAGAACAAAGCUUACCAUCCUCAAAGAUGCUUCAGGAAUUAUUAAACCAUCUAGGAUGACACUUUUGUUAGGUCCGCCAUCUUCUGGAAAAACAACCCUUUUGUUGGCAUUGGCUGGCAAAUUGGAUCCAAGCUUGAAGGUUACAGGAGAAGUAACUUACAAUGGGUAUAGACUUAAAGAAUUUGUGCCCAGAAAGACUUCUGCUUACAUUAGCCAAAAUGACGUUCAUGUUGGAGAAAUGACUGUCAAAGAAACUCUUGAUUUCUCAGCGAGAUGCCAAGGAGUCGGGACUCGUUAUGAUCUCCUGAGUGAGCUUGCAAGAAGGGAAAAAGAUGCUGGAAUUUUCCCAGAAGCAGAGGUGGACCUUUUCAUGAAGGCAACUGCAAUGAAAGGAGUUGAAAGCAGCCUAAUUACUGACUACACUCUCAAAAUUCUGGGGCUUGAUAUCUGUAAGGAUACAAUUGUUGGAGAUGAAAUGCAACGUGGAAUUUCUGGUGGACAGAAAAAAAGAGUAACAACAGGAGAGAUGAUUGUUGGUCCCACCAAGACAUUGUUUAUGGAUGAGAUAUCAACAGGUCUUGAUAGCUCCACAACAUACCAAAUAGUUAAGUGCUUGCAGCAGAUUGUGCACCUCACUGAGGCUACAAUCUUGAUGUCCCUACUCCAGCCUGCUCCUGAGACGUUUGAUCUCUUCGAUGAUAUCAUUCUUUUAUCAGAGGGUCAGAUCGUCUAUCAGGGGCCACGAGUGCACAUCCUUGAAUUCUUUGAACGUUGUGGAUUCAAGUGUCCUGAGAGAAAAGGAACUGCUGAUUUCUUACAAGAGGUUACCUCAAGGAAAGAUCAAGAACAAUACUGGGCAGACAGAAGCAAACCAUACAGGUACAUUACAGUGACUGAAUUUGCAAACAAGUUCAAGCGCUUUCAUGUCGGAAUGCAGCUAGACAAUGAGCUCUCGGUGCCAUUCAACAAGUCAAAGGGUCACAGAGCAGCCCUGGCAUUCAAGAAUUAUUCAGUCCCCAAAAUGGAACUCCUCAGGGCUUGUUGGGACAAAGAAUGGUUACUGAUCAAGAGAAAUUCUUUCGUUUACAUAUUCAAGACAGUACAGAUCAUAAUUGUGGCAAUCAUAGCGUCCACAGUGUUCAUAAGGACUAAAAUGCACACCAGGAAUGAGGGUGAUGGGGCACUAUAUAUUGGAGCACUUUUAUUCUCUCUGGUCAUCAACAUGUUCAAUGGUUUCUCCGAGCUCUCCAUCAUGAUAAGUAGGCUUCCAGUAUUUUACAAGCAGAGAGAGCUUCUUUUCCACCCAGUGUGGACAUUCACUUUGCCAACAUUCCUGCUCAGGGUCCCUAUAUCUAUUCUAGAGUCUAUUGUUUGGAUGGUCAUUACAUAUUACUCUAUUGGAUUUGCACCUGAACCUGACAGGUUUUUCAAGCAAUUUCUGUUGGUAUUCUUGAUCCAACAAAUGGCAGCUGGGAUUUUCAGGCUCAUUGCUGGUGUAUGUAGAACAAUGAUUAUUGCAAAUACCGGUGGUGCUCUCACUCUUCUGCUUAUCUUCUUGGUGGGAGGUUUCAUCAUUCCUAAAAAUCAAAUUCCAAAGUGGUGGGAGUGGGGUUAUUGGGUUUCACCUUUGACUUAUGGAUACAAUGCCAUGGCUGUAAAUGAAAUGUAUGCUCCAAGGUGGAUGAACAAUCGGGCUUCAGAUAAUAUAACUAAAUUGGGGGAGGCAGUGCUCAACAACUUUGAUAUCUACACGAAUGAGAACUGGUAUUGGAUUGGUGUAGCAGCUCUGUUCGGCUUCACAGUGCUCUUCAAUGUCCUCUUUACCUUUGCUCUCAUGUAUCUUAGCCCUCCUGGAAAGCCACAGGCAAUAAUUUCUGAAGAGACAGCAGAUGAUAUGGAGGCAGGGCAGGAUGAACCUGAGGAACAACCAAGAUUACGAAGACCAAAAUCAAAGAAAGAUUCGUUUCCUCGAUCACUACCUGCAUCAGAUGGAAACAAUUCAAGAGAAAUGGCAAUGCGGACAAUGAGCAGGACUAAUCCCAAUGAAAUCAAUAGAAAUGCUGAUUCUGCACUAGAGGCAGCCAAUGAUGUUGCCCCCAGAAGAGGAAUGGUUCUUCCUUUCACACCUCUAGCCAUGUCAUUUGACAGUGUCAAGUAUUAUGUUGACAUGCCACCUGAAAUGAAGGAACAAGGAGUUACAGAGGACAGGCUACAGCUUUUGAGGGGAGUAACAGGUGCAUUUAGGCCAGGAGUCUUGACUGCACUAAUGGGAGUUAGUGGAGCUGGAAAGACAACUUUGAUGGAUGUUUUAGCUGGAAGAAAAACAGGUGGAUACAUUGAGGGUGAUAUCAGAAUAUCUGGAUUCCCUAAGAAACAAGAAACUUUUGCAAGAAUUUCUGGAUAUUGUGAACAAAAUGACAUACACUCACCCCAAGUUACUGUAAGAGAAUCCUUGAUUUACUCAGCUUUCCUUCGGCUCCCUAAAGAAGUCAGCAAAGAGGAGAAAAUGAUUUUUGUGGACGAAGUGAUGGAACUGGUAGAGUUAGACAACCUCAAGGAUGCUAUAGUGGGGUUACCGGGAAUUACAGGGUUGUCAACAGAACAAAGAAAGAGAUUGACAAUUGCAGUAGAGCUUGUGGCUAAUCCAUCAAUUAUUUUCAUGGAUGAACCAACAUCUGGUCUUGAUGCAAGGGCAGCUGCAAUUGUCAUGAGGACUGUCAGAAACACAGUGGACACUGGAAGAACAGUUGUCUGCACAAUUCAUCAGCCUAGCAUUGAUAUUUUUGAAGCCUUUGAUGAGUUGCUGCUAAUGAAGAGAGGGGGGCAGGUGAUCUACUCAGGGCCACUGGGAAGGAAUUCUCACAAGAUAAUUGAAUAUUUUGAGGCGAUUCCUGGAGUUCCCAAGAUUCAGGAUAAGUACAAUCCUGCAACAUGGAUGCUAGAAGUGAGCUCUGUUGCAGCUGAAGUUAGACUUGGAAUGGACUUUGCUGAAUACUAUAAAUCAUCUGCUUUGCAUCAGCGAAACAAGGCACUAGUACAGGAGUUAAGCACACCGCCCCCAGGAGCUAAAGACCUCUAUUUCUCCUCUCAGUAUUCACAACCCUCAUGGGGACAAUUCAAGUCUUGCCUUUGGAAGCAAUGGUGGACUUACUGGAGAAGUCCAGAUUAUAACCUUGUUAGAUACUUCUUCACCUUGGCCUCUGCCCUUUUGGUUGGUACAAUUUUCUGGCAGGUCGGCACAAAAAGGGAAACCUCUACUGAUCUUACCAUGAUAAUUGGUGCCAUGUAUGCUGCUGUCUUGUUUGUUGGAAUUAAUAACUGUGGAACUGUCCAACCAAUAGUAUCCAUAGAAAGAACAGUGUUUUAUCGCGAAAGGGCAGCUGGGAUGUACUCUGCACUACCUUAUGCCCUGGCACAGGUGAUUGCUGAGAUACCUUAUGUGUUAGUCCAAACUACAUACUACACCCUCAUUGUUUAUGCAAUGGUGGGAUUUCAAUGGACUGCAGCCAAGUUCUUCUGGUUCUUCUUCAUCAGCUUUUUCUCCUUCCUUUACUUCACAUACUACGGAAUGAUGACUGUUUCCAUCACACCAAAUCACCAAGUAGCAUCCAUAUUUGCAGCAGCUUUCUAUGCUCUCUUCAACCUUUUUUCUGGCUUCUUCAUCCCAAAAUCGAGAAUUCCCAAGUGGUGGAUUUGGUACUACUGGAUCUGUCCCGUGGCAUGGACAGUCUACGGCUUGAUUGUGUCACAGUACGGUGAUGUUGAAAAAACUAUCCGAGCACCAGGCAUCACACCAGACCCGAGUAUCAAAUCGUAUAUUGAAAGUCAAUUCGGGUAUGAUCCAAAUUUCAUGGGACCAAUUGCUGCUGUUCUGGUUGGUUUCACAGUGUUCUUUGCCUUCAUGUAUGCCUAUUGCAUAAAGACACUAAACUUCCAAAUGAGGUAAAGGCAGUCCAUGCUGCAAGUUCUUCAACCAUGUCGAACAAAGGAAAAAUGACCUUGUAAAUGCCAAAACACAGUGAAAAUAAUCAUAUUAGGCCUCUGUGUUGAUAUUAUGACGACGAAAGUAUUAGUUUGCAAGUUUUUGAAUGUUGUACCUGCUAUAUUAUGAAAUGUAAAGAGUCAAAGAAUUUUGAAGGAAAUAUGUUAGAGAGACAAAGUUUUAGUUCUUUUGCUUAAUGAAGUUGAAAUAAAUCU